AUGGAGCUCCCCUCGCAGGCGAACCUUCGGGUCACCAUCAUUGCCGCCGAUGGCCUGUACAAGCGAGAUGUCUUCAAAUUUCCGGACCCUUUCGCCGUCACCACUAUCAGUGGUGAGCAGACGCGAACGACCGGAGUGAUCAAGAAGACGCUCAAUCCGUAUUGGAAUGAGAGUUUUGACAUGAAAGUGACGGAAGAGAGUAUACUUGCAGUUCAGAUCUUCGACCAGAGGAAGUUUAAAAAGAAGGACCAGGGAUUCUUGGGAGUGGUAAAUGUUCGCAUUGGCAGCGUUAUAGAUUUGGAUGCUGGAGGAGAUGAAAUGCUCACUCGCGACCUCCGCAAAUCCAACGAUAACCUAGUCGUUAACGGAAAGCUAAUCCUCAACCUUUCGACGAACCUCUCUACGCCCAUCGCGAACGCGAACCCAAACGCAUCACGGCCGUCGAUUUCUUCUGCCGGACCUUCAAGCAACGGCGGAUCAUCCACACCAAUCGGAGCGCAAUCAAACAUAUCCUUACAAGCAGAUCGUCCUGUCAGCAACGCUGCAUCUACCACACCCAGCCGGCAAAACACUGCUGGAAGCGCAAUGGCUUCGUCGUCGACCGCCGCCGCAGGCACGACUGGAGCUCCCGAGUCGUCUCGGAGGACCGAGACCGGCUUCAGCGCAUUCGAGGACGCUCACGGUAGACUACCUGCUGGGUGGGAAAGGCGUGAAGAUAACCUUGGCAGAACAUAUUACGUCGACCAUAACUCCAAGCAAACUACAUGGAACCGACCGACCGCGAACUUCAACGCUGGCGAGCAGCGAGCGCAGAUGGAACAACAGCAGACUAUGGAACGUGCGCGGCAUCAAAACCGCAUGCUUCCCGAGGAUCGGAAUGGAGCGAAUUCGCCGACUUCGCCCGAAAGGCAGAACUCGCCAGCACAGCCUGCCCAAGCAGCGGUGGCGAACAAUGCGGCAGCGCACGCGAUGGUUGCUACAGGCGCCACCACAGCAGGCACUGGCGAGCUUCCUGCCGGAUGGGAGCAGCGUCACACACCAGAGGGCCGAGCGUACUUUGUAGACCACAACAACCGCACCACGUCAUGGGUGGAUCCUCGUCGCCAGCACUACAUCCGGAUGUACGGGCACAAUGCCGGUAGCAAUAACAACACCACCAUUCAACAGCAGCCAGUCUCUCAGUUGGGUCCCCUUCCUAGCGGCUGGGAGAUGCGUCUUACGAACACGGCUCGCGUGUACUUCGUCGACCACAACACGAAAACCACUACCUGGGACGAUCCGCGACUCCCAUCGUCACUGGAUCAGAACGUGCCACAAUAUAAGCGCGACUUCCGUCGCAAACUGAUCUACUUCAGAUCGCAGCCAGCGCUGCGAAUCCUUGCUGGCCAAUGCCACGUCAAGGUGCGCCGGUCGCACAUCUUCGAGGACUCGUACGCAGAGAUUAUGCAGCAAACUCCUGCAGAUCUCAAGAAGCGACUGAUGAUCAAAUUCGAUGGCGAAGACGGUUUGGAUUAUGGUGGUCUUUCCAGAGAAUUCUUCUUCCUCCUCUCCCACGAAAUGUUCAACCCCUUUUACUGCCUGUUUGAAUACUCCGCUCACGACAAUUACACGCUGCAAAUCAACCCUCACUCCGGUAUCAACCCAGAGCAUCUUGGAUAUUUCAAGUUUAUCGGCCGAGUCGUCGGUUUGGCCAUCUUCCACCGUCGCUUCCUCGAUGCCUUCUUCAUCGGCGCUUUCUACAAGAUGAUUCUUAAGAAGAAGGUGGCUCUCUCCGACAUGGAAGGCGUCGAUGCGGAAUUCCACCGCACGCUUAGCUGGGCAAUGGACAACGACGUUACGGACGUCAUCUACAGUACUUUCUCGGUUGAAGACGAGCGCUUCGGCGAAAAGGUCACAGUCGACCUCAAGCCCGGUGGUCGAGACAUAGAAGUCAACAACGAGAACAAGAAAGAAUAUGUGGAGUUGAUCACUGAAUGGAGGAUCCAGAAGCGAGUCGAUGAGCAGUUCAACGCGUUCGUCGCCGGAUUCCAUGAACUCAUCCCUGCGGAUCUUGUCAAUGUGUUUGACGAGAGGGAGUUGGAGUUGCUCAUCGGUGGUAUCGCCGAUAUCGACGUGGACGACUGGAAGAAGCACACUGACUACCGCGGUUACACUGAGAAUGAUCCCGUCAUUCAAAACUUCUGGAAGUGCAUUCGCAGCUGGGACGCCGAGCAAAAGUCCCGUCUCCUUCAAUUCGCCACCGGAACUUCCCGAAUCCCCGUCAACGGCUUCAAGGACCUCCAGGGAUCCGACGGCCCGCGUCGCUUCACCAUCGAGAAGUCUGGCGAGGAAGCCCAAUUGCCAAAAUCUCACACAUGUUUCAACCGUCUGGAUCUCCCGCCUUACAAGACUUACGACACCCUGACCCAGAAAUUGACCUGGGCUGUCGAGGAGACUGUUGGUUUCGGACAGGAGUAGAUGCGAAGUCAUAUCGCUGCUGAAUGAUAUUGGGAAUGGUUGGCGGGUCUUUUCCUUCUGGGUUGAGCUACCAGUAACGUGACGAUGCCCCCAGAGAAACAUUGGGCAGGUCAUUUGGCCGGAGUGGAGAGACGAUGACGACGGGCCACACAGGCAAGAGAGUUUGGGAGCUCUCGUGAGAAAAUUGCUCUCGCUUCCUG